AUGGCCCAGGCCAAGGUCGGCAGCGCCAAGAACAGCGGCGGCGAGGCAGCCCAGCAAGCGGGCACGGGUCAGCAGCCCCGAGGGCGCUUCUUCCGCUCCACCUCCAUGGCGGACCGUUCCAGCCGCCUGCUUGAUUGCCUGGACCAGCUGGAGCGGAGAGUUGAAGCUUUGCGUGAUGCAGCAUCUUCAAUGGAACAAGAAAAAGAAGCUCUUCUGGAAAUGAUCCAUAAUAUACAGAAUAGCCAGGAUAUGAGGAAUAUUAGUGAAGGUGAAAGAGAAGAACUUAAUCUGACUGCCAAGCGCCUUAUGGGCCGAACCAUCACAGUUGAGGUUUCAGUAGAAACCAUAAGAAAUCCUCAGCAACAGGAAUCCCUGUUGCGGGCUACCCAGAUGAUUGAUGAAAUAGUCAAUAAACUCUUGGAUGAUUUGGAAGACUCAAAGAGCCGGUUAAUGUCACUUUAUGGAGCUUGUACAUCUGAGACACCAUCUGGACCUGUUGAUCAAAAAUUUCAGUCUGUUGUCAUCGGAUGCGCCAUAGAAGAUCAGAAGAAAAUUAAAAGACGGCUAGAGACUUUGCUUAGAAAUAUAGACAACUCUGAAAAGUCCAUCAUGCUUCUAGAAAACCAAAAAACAACUUCAAGGCAACUCUGCAACAAUGGAAAAGAUUAAAAGCUUUUGAUUAUCGUUAUGAAAAUGUUUUCUUAAAAAAGCAAAGAAAUGCUGCCAUUUUAAAAUAUAUAAUGCAUGGUCUUGUUAGUACAGGUUACAUGCCCUGAAACUGAAGGGAGUUUAUAUACCUCUUGUACAAAUCCUUGGGCAUUCAGAAACAAAGAUGGAAGAAGAUAGUUCUGGAAAAAAAAAUACCCUUACAUUCCUUUGAGGGGAAAAUAUGUCUGCUUCCAUUAAAAAAAACCCAACCAACCAACUCUAAAACGUCUUCAUAAAGCACGUCCUGAGGCAACUACAAAUGUUAUGCAUCAUAGAAGCACAUAAACACAUGAACAUUCUGUACUUUUUAUCCUAUCAACAGGCUGGCUAGAAUGUUCUGCCUUCCGUGCUUUCCUGUUCAAAGAAUACAUCUUUAAAGGGCUUGGCACAUUGAUAUAAGUAACUAAUUGCCUUAUUUGAGAGAAUGUAGGCAUUUCAUAUCCAAAGGAUAAAUCUUUUCAUAAAUGGUAUUCCAUUUAUUCCUUUUAGUACUGUAUUGAUUUUAGGCAAUAGUGUCCCGUUAAUCCCUAGAGAUAGUUUAGUAAUAUCUAUUUUGUUCUUGAAAGAUUAAUCUAUCAUAGACAAUUCAAUUAGAUUGUAUUCCUCUUUAGUGAAUAAAUCUGUUUAAGAGAGAUGGCAACGUGGAAAAAACACGAACAAAAAAAUUAUAUGUACUUCCUUAUUGCUGAAUAUUCAUAAAUAAAACAAAUC